UGGUGUUAUCUUACCAGAAUCGAUCACUGGAACAACGAGAAGGAGCGUCUCGUUCUUAUCACGGACUGGUCCCUCCUGAUCUGCAAAUACAACUUCAUCAGCCUGCAGUGCCAGCACGUGACGAGGAUUUCCCUCGGCGCCGUGGACACCAUCUCUGUAGGGGAGUUUGAGUUCCCACCUAAAUCUCUGAACAAGCGAGAGGGUGUCGGUAUUCGCAUUCAGUGGGACAAGCAAAGCCGCGCCUCCUUCCUGAACAGAUGGAACCCCUGGUCCACCAACAUCCCGUACGUCACCUUCACCGAACACCCCAUGGCAGGCGCUGACGAGAAGGUCGCAUCCCUCUGCCUAUUGGAAAACUUUAAAACUCAGCUAAUUCAAGCUGUGAAGACAGCCCAUAAGGAGUGUCCGCUGCCAGGAAGGGCCAAUGGCGUGCUAGUGCUGGAGCGUCCUCUCCUGAUUGAGACUUACCUGGGACUGAUGUCCUUCAUCAACAACGAGGCCAAACUCGGCUACUCCAUGACGAGAGGCAAAAUUGGAUUUUAGAAUCCAUCGCAUU